AUGGCACUGAUGUCCGUGUCCUGGUGUGUCGCUGCAGCGUUGGCUCUGCUCUGUGGCUCGUCGUGGCCCCAGGUGCACGCAGCUCUGGCCCCUGAGAACGAGGUACCACUUCGCCCCACCACAUGGUUACAAGAGGGAAAGCUCACCUCCAUCCCUCUCCCCAAAGGACGAACUCGCAGGCUGUACUUCACGCUGAAGAAGAAGAACCAGGCGAUGGCGCUGACCGUCAGCCCCUGUGACCGGCCCAUCGAGUGGAGCCUGGCCGCCCGCACCCUGAAGGACAAGCCGCUCAAGAGCCUGCAGUGGAGCAGCAAGAAGAGCACGCCCGAGGUGUGGUGGCGAGGUCCUGGCUCUGAGGAGAAGCUCCACAGCUUCACUGGCAAUGCGGUGGACACCUACAGAGGACCUUCCAAUGCCCAGGCUUCCAUCUACAUCCUGAGGCUGCGCUCCAAACAGCACAACACCAGAGCCACAGUUUCCCUCCACGAAGGCCUGGGGCCCUCAGGGACCUUCCCUCUGCUCCCGGCCGACCCUCAAGUCCACACGUUGGGUGUCGGCAUGACCAGCGUCACCCUCAGCUGGGCGCCCAGUGCCUCCAUAACCGGCCUGCCCCAAACCCAGAAGAGUUAUGAUUACUGUGUCCUCGUCAACUCUGAGCAGAACUACCCCAGCAUGUGUGCGGCCGGUGAGAGCAGGAGGAAGGAGAAAGAGCAGAAACAGGACAAGAAGGUGAAGAAGAGGAGAGUGACAGCGUGGCCGAUUCUGAAAGAGUGGUGGUGGCAGCAGUGGGACACGGAUCCCGAACCCCAGAGUCCAACGUCUGACGAGUUCCCUGACCUCCAGUGUGUGUGUCAGGGCACAGAGAGUGUGUGCACGGUCUCCGAGCUCCUGCCUGAAACCCAGUACUACUUUGACGUCUUUGUGCUGGACCGGCUGAACGGCACCAGCAUGGCGUACAAGGGGACGUCCGCUCGGACGCACGAGGAGGCUCGGCCAACCAUCACCACGCUGAGAGAGGGGGAGCUGAGGUGGGUGACCUUUCCCAACCGAGGCUCUAACUCAGAGCAGUUCUUCAGCUUCCGUCCUCGUGGCUGGCAACAGAGCGGUCUCCUGACGCUGCAGAGCUGCGGUGUUGGCGAGAAGGUCAAGGUCACCGUGUCCAGUAAAGGUCAGGUUUUGACCUCCCAGGGUGUGGGGGGAGAGUUGGUGCACAUUUGGCUGCAGGGAAGUCCCACGUACCUCAUCAACUUAAAGAGAGAAGGAACCCCGAGCAGUUCUUCUUCUACAGAUCUCGCUCUGCCAGGAGGUCUGAUGGCUUCGGUGAAGAUGCAGACCUCCUCAGCGUACCACCGCAAAGGGGUCCCGUCUCUACCCUCCACCCUGCAGAUCAAAUCCUUCAACCGGUUGCGUGGUUGCAACAGUGUCACGCUGGCCUGGAUGGGCACCGAGGAAAGAAGCCUGUACUGCGUGUACCGCCGGAAGCUGGGAAGCAGUGACGCUGAGGUCGGGGGGGCUUCAGCUUUAACUGCUCCCUGUCUGGGGCCAGAGUCCCGCUCCGACACCGAGAGGGUUCUCUGCAAGUAUUUCCAGGAGUUGAAUCCUCGGCGGGCCGUGACUACGGCUGUGAUCGGGGGCCUGGAGCAAGGGAUGGCCUAUGUGUUUGAUGUCUAUCUAAUGAGACGCUGGGGGAUCCCUAUCAAGUACGCCAGCAAGAUGGUGAAGACCAGGAAGGAGUGCUGA